AUGGGUGACUCAAGUAAACCUACCACAUCUACUACGAUCUACACAACUACAGACAGUCAGCACAAAUGCUAUUUGUUUAAACAUCUAACAUUCCAGCUAUAUAGCGAACUAAGAAUUCGAAUGGGAAGUUUUGUUUGGGUUCUUACUCCACAUCAGGCAUCAAGGGAUGGAAGACAUGGGUUUGAUAUUGAAGUCAAGGUCACCGGACUAAAGUCCGGAGAAUAUUUGACUUCUGAGUUCUCGUUUCAACAACCUGGAAACGUGAAGCAAGUAUUUGAGAAUUCAUUCGACUGUUUUAGAAAUACAUUUUUCUAUAGAAAUGCUCUGACAUGCCCCAUGGCAUCGGGAGAGAAUGGAAUUGUCUCGACUCGUUACUCUCACUAUCGGUUCCUGAGACACAAGGAUUCGGACGAACCAAACGAUUUAGAAGAAGCCGAUGACUGGAUAUCAACUAUUCCUUUGGAAUGGAAUACUUCUGGAGAAGCUCCGGUGUUUAACGAUUUAAACAUCGAUUUCAUAGAUACAGUUUAUGCUGCAGAAGAACGAAAAAACUCAUUCAUGUACUAUUUUGUUGUGGAGGCUGCUCAGAAGACAACAUACGCACCAUAUCGUCCUCAACUUUGCUGGCCAAAAGCAACAAAAACAGCGAAAUAUCUCAAUAACAAAUGGAUCUCUGUUGAUGGAAACUGGUUUCACAAAUGGCCCAAGUUCAACAAAUUCAUGGAAAACGUUGAUCUUCUUGCCCCAGACGAUUAUGAAGACCUGCUUGAUAUACUGGGCACUUACUAUCAUUCCUGGAACAUUGAUCAUUUCCGGUUGCAAGAGAUCGUAAGAGCUGCUGAGAAAUUUGGUUUUUUCGAUUUCCCCCAAAAAAUGAUUACGAUGGGAAAUGUUGAUAUGUACUUCAGCUCCAUGAGAUCAGUUUUAUUAGCACCGACUGAUCAUCCACUUCUGUCUGUGAAAGAAAAUGUAUCCAAAAAGAUCUACGAGGAAAACUAUGGUGUCACCGUGAAAAUGAUAGAUCAUCAGGACCACGGCGGUCAUCCAGUCUACAACAGUUUCAAAACAAAAAAUGGAAUGAACUGGACUGUGAAUCUGCACAGAAAAAGUUAUUCCGGACAAGAGUAUCUUUGUGUCUCUCUUAUACUCAAUGGACCAUAUAAACCAGAUGAAAAUCAACUGUGGAGAGUUGAAUUCGGUCCAUUAAAGCAUUCCAGUCUGGGAAGACUUCCUAAAAAAGUUCACGAAAGAGUUCUUAAUACAGUCCAGAGAACUAUCGUCUUUCCAACAUGCUGGCUUUGGAGUGAUGUUUUAAGAGACAUGGGACAGAAUGGUCCGUUCAAUUUCACGUUUAGAACUGCAUGCAGUGCAUUGUCUGGAUGGAAGUUCUCUACAGUUUCUGGGAAACAAGGAGUAACGGGAGUUACAGAUGCAGAAAUUCAGUGUAAAGAUGGAAACAUUGUUGCCGUCAACAAAAGCUAUCUCCAAUGGACAUGCCGAGCGUUGCGAGAAUGGGUGCCAAUGCCGAAUAAGCCAAACCGAAUGGAGAUGAAUAACUUGGAAUUCGAGGAAUUCGUUCAUUUUCUGGACCAUCUUUAUCAUGUUUCCAAAGUGUAUACAAUGGACAUUUGGAAAAGAGUAUUCAAAGUUGCACAAAUCAUGAACUGCGAUCGAGUCACCGAUCAAUUCGAGCGUACAUGUGUCCGAACAAAUGUCAAAAAUGUCAACGAUAUGAAAUUCAAUGACAACUAUUCUUUGGAGUUUUUGAAGUUCAAUGUGGAAAUGCGUGAUCAACUGGAAAUGGAAUCGAUUGACGAAUACCUUCACAGAUCCAAAGAGCCAGUUGUCAACCACUUUGAAAAUAGUUAA